GUGUACUUUGAACAGGCUUGUGUUUGGCUAAAACUACUCCUGCGCAGGAUGGGUGGGGUGAAGGGAUGUGUGUUUGAGCAUACAAGGUGAAGUCUCCUGUUGGGAUUCAUGCUCAGGCAAAGAGCGGGCUUGAAUGGAAUCCUGUCGCUGUGACUCUGUACGGUAUACUCAGGGAUAUUUGACUCUUUGGAAAUAACAAUUUGGAAAACUUGUGAGUAUACAAUGGAGACAAGUAGUGACACUUCAAAAAUUCUUGGAAAGGGUCCGGAAUACCUUCGGAAGCAAAUGGAACUGGAGAGUGAGACAAAGGGACGUAUGAGUGCCGUGGAGAGGCUUGCUGCGAGUAAACCAAAGUACGUCAAAAGUCAGCAAGUGGUCAACUCUACCCAGGAGCCAGUGAUCAGUCUUGGUUCAGCAUCUGUGAGUAGCACCGGGUCUUCAAGCCAAAGCAUAAACCGCAAUGGAAAUCUUGUCUCUGAGAGUACCUCAUCAGUGCAUAAAGAUGUUCCACAACUCUGUUUACCGGGACAACUACAUCGGCCCACUGUCAAAAAAAGACCAGACUCUGUUCUGCUUUACAGACAGAAAUGUGACUUACUUCAAGGAUCAGCACUCAAGAACCGAAGGCACCCCAUAACUAGAAAGCUGCCACUCAGUUCUGGGAAUAAGCAUGUUUCUGUGCUUCUGGCUGCUGACAGGAAAUGUGAUCAUGAAGGCAGCAAGGAAAAAAUCAGCACACCUGAGGGAAAAGCAAAGGAAUGUAGCAUCGGUGUAGUUAUUUCUCAGUCAGAGAACAAAUCUAAUGGAGCAACAGAGGACGACAGCGAAAAGCCAACAGCUGGUGGUCUCCUAGUAGUUCCUGAGAUUGAGAGGAGGACUGGCAAGGGAGUGAGCCGUUCCCACUCAGAUAUCAGCUCCAGAUACUCUAAAAGCUUUGCAGACUUUGAUGCAUUUUUCAAGUACUGCGGCCUGGACGGUGAGGUGAUUGAGACCUUGGGGAGGGAGAACUUCUCGGCUCGCUCUGAUGAGAUUGUGAUAAACAUUCGGAGCGUCAGCAUCUCCACAUCCGAUGAUGGCUUCUCAAGGGAUAGCGGUGACAGCGAUGGGCUUCUUCAGAACGAGCUGCACAAAAAAAUACAGCAAGGCACAUCGGUAAUUGAGCGCAAUGCGCGUAUCAUCAAAUGGCUGUACAGCUGCAAAAACGCUUCGGAUGCCGGAAAGAAGUUACGGGACCUUGACUGAAUGUUACAUAAAAGUUACAGAUUUUUUGGUGGAGACCAAAAUGAUUGUGACUAACUUCCAGUUCUUGCAUUCCUGACAGUAAAUAUCACCAACUGAUGUAUUCAAGAUUGUGGGAAUGUGUGUUGCUGCCAUGUUGUCCAAAAUUGUAUCUUGAGCACAAUGUGACUGAGAUAUGUUAAAACAUAUAAUGAGUUGGAGAUGUUGUUGUACAAACUGUUUUUCUGUCAUGAGAUUAAUUCAACUGACAAUUUUGCAAACUAUAGCUAUAUUCAACAGUUGUGAAAAUGCCUUUAUCAUAUCAGAAGGAAGAAUUGAGCUAUGGAAAAGUAUAGGGCUAAAAGUCCAAACUCAGCUGUAAUUACCCUGUAUCUUGUCAUAAUCUUCUAAUAAACUAUAUUAUAUAUUUAAAA